AUGGCAGAUGCUCUGGGGAUCGCUUCCUCCAUCGUCACCCUUGUCGAAAUCUCUCAUACUAUCGUCGGAUAUCUCAAGGAUGUCAAAGAGGCAUCUAAAGAAUGUGAUAAGCUCUCCAAGGAGCUCUCGAAUCUCGCGAUUUAUCUGGAAACGGUGAAUAAGCUCACCCAGACAGCGGACGCAAAUGAUCCAUGGCUUGCGACGGCGCAAAGGCUGUCCAGUCCUUUCAUGCAACUUGACAUACUACUCAAGAAUCUCAAGAAGAAGUUGGAGCCUGCAUCAGAUGGUAUGGGAAAGAUGAAGCAGAGAUUGUUGUGGAAGUUUACCAAGGAGAGCGUAGAAGAUGCUCUGAAGAAGAUUGAGAGGAUCAAGUCCCUGGUGAUUGUCGCCGUACAGCAUGAUCAUGUGUGA